AUGGCUGACACCGAUCAACAAGAGGCUCCACAGGCUCCACAGGCUCCAGCGGCUUCACCGGCUCCACGGGAUGAACCGGCUCCACCAGGACCCAGUUUGAUUCCUCAGCCCAUCGAUUACUUUUAUGGAGUUGCAGUGACGGGUCUCAAUCCGUAUCCCUGGACCAUUGUACGUGACUUCUUCUACAAACGACUCGAUGAUUGUAUGCAUGCCAUGGUCAAAUGGCAAAGUGAACGUGAUAAAAUAGAGCUUGAUAUGAGCGCUGGAAGUCCACUGAAGGGAUCUCAUGAUUACAUUCUCAGAAAAGCUUAUGAGUUUGAUAAAGCUCCUCCGUUCACUUGGAGAAGAAUUUGUGAAUUGAUGUCGUCAUCCCUCGCCGAGUACACCAAAGCAGACAAGUACUUUCGAGCUCUGGAGCGGGUCCUGGGUGUGGUGGGCCAUUGGGGUGACCGUUGCUUCCUCGUGCCCUGCGAACCAGUUCAACCAAAAUCGGCUGUUGCGAUUAGAAACUAUUGUCGGAUUGAACGCUUUUUCUUUGAGGGCGAGUUUGAACGUCAGAAGCAAUUUCCAACAUAUUUUGAUAUUCUUAUGGAUCCGAACGCUAUGGGUAGACAUGAGAAUCUCAAAUUUCCUCCCCAAAAGGAGAAAAAGAAAAAGAAGAAACAUGCUGAGGGAGAGGAACAUAAGAAGAAACGAUCUGGGAAGGGUAAAGCGAAAUCGUCAAAACAUCUCUCAGCAUCCGAAGCAGAUGAGAACCCUUCACGAUCAACAACUCAACCGGACCCAGUGCCUGCACCCCCACUACUGGCGUCAGCACCAGCACCAACGGUUCUAUCAACCUCAUCUGCCCCUACCUCAUCUGAUCCUGGUCCUUCUGCACCAUGCCCUGAUCCUCAUCCUCCACUCCAUGAAAAGAUAUCGAAGAGAAAGAAGAAGAAGAGGCAUCACACGAACAAGAGGGGUUAUGAGCCAUUGUUCGAGUUCUUCACCACCACAGAAAUGGCAGAGCGUGAUCUUCGCCGAUUUGGUUUAUAUGUGUAUGAAGCACAAAAAUGUAUAGCGGAUAGUUUACCACUUGCUAGAAUUGUGAACCUCUACUACUACCUUCUAAGAAGCCCGCCUACAAGAUGGAAUUCGGGCAUUGUUCAAAAGCUCCUGCAGAAUAGACUGAGAUCCGUUGGUGUGGAUCUUUUCCCGCCAGGUUGGACACUUACUGAUGAACUACCAAUGCUACAGGGCUAUCAGCCCAUAAGAGGAAUCUGUCCAAUCAUUGGUUUUGAUGUCGACCAGGACUAUGAAGACUCGAAUUUUGAGAUAGAGGCACUUACAGCGAAUACGAAAGUAAUCAUGAGAAUUGCAGAGAAUAAGCCUGGCGAAGGUGGUUCCACUAUGGUCCCAGAGGGCUCCAAUAGUUCUCCGAACGUUCCACCACCAAGUGGUGCUGCUGAUAAAAAUCCCUGCAAAGGAGAACCUUCUACAGGAUCGGUACCACGGAAGAGGCCUGCGAGUGCGAAACCACCGGGAGGAAAACGUGUCUGUGGUCGUCCGACUUCCCGCAAAGUAUAG